AAGCCAAACAAAUGCAAAAGACAAAGACUCUAGAACCCGUCGAAGACAAAAAAAAAUUUACAAAAUCCUCAAACAUGGUAAUUCAAAAAACACAGUACACUAUAGCCAUCUUUGUCUUUCUCUUUGCCGUAUCGAGCUGCGAAAAAUAUUGCACUACAGAAUGCCAGGCCAAAGAACCAUUCCACUGCAACAAUACUCUUACGUUCAACCGAACUUCAUUUGCCAAAAAUUUCACAUUUGGUGUUGCUACUUCUGCAUAUCAGGUUGAAGGUUCUGCACAUAGAGCACUUAAUGGAUGGGACUAUUUCACUCAUAGAUACCCAGAAAAAGUUCCAGAUCACAGUACAGGAGAUCAUGCCUGUAAUUCGUAUGAGCUUUACAAGGAUGAUGUCAAAUUAUUGAAAAGAAUGAAUGUUCAAGCAUACCGAUUCUCAAUAGCAUGGUCAAGGGUCUUACCAAAGGGGAGACUUAUUGGGGGAGUGGACGAGAAUGGGAUAACAUACUACAACAAUCUCAUUAACGAGUUGAAAGCAAAUGGCAUAGAACCAUUUGUGACUAUAUUUCAUUGGGAUACUCCCCAGACUCUAGAAGACGAAUAUGGAGGCUUCUUAAGCCCACGUAUAGUGGAGGACUUCAAGAACUACGCUGAGCUUCUAUUUCAAAGAUUCGGAGACCGAGUCAAAUUCUGGAUCACUUUAAAUCAACCCUACUCCUACGCAGUCAAAGGAUAUGGGGAUGGAUCAUAUCCUCCAGGACGGUGCACUGACUGUGAAGCUGGAGGAGAUUCUGGAACCGAACCUUAUAUAGUUGCACAUCACCAAAUUCUAGCUCAUGCAGAAGCUGCAUCUUUAUACCGAAAAAGAUAUCAGAAAUCUCAAGGUGGUAAGAUAGGAACAACCUUGAUCGGGAGAUGGCACGUCCCACUAAACGAAACUAGCAAUCUUGACAAGGAUGCUGCAAAACGAGCAUUUGAUUUUGCAGUUGGAUGGUUCAUGGAUCCAUUGGUGUAUGGAAAAUAUCCAAAAACAAUGAGAGAGAUGGUAGGAGAUAGGUUGCCAGAAUUCACACAUCAUGAAUCAGCUUUAGUUAAAGGAUCACUUGAUUUUCUAGGGAUGAACUAUUACCUUACACGAUAUACAACUGACGGACCUCCUCCGAAUCCGACAAACCUUAAUGUUUUAACAGAUGCACAAACUAAUAUUGGAAUGUAUCGCGAUGGCAUUCCUAUCGGUGUUCAGGCUGAUAGCUUCGUCUACUAUCCUCCAGGACUCCGUCAGAUGAUGAACCAUAUCAAAAAUCAUUACAAAAAUCCACUUACCUAUAUCACCGAAAAUGGUGCUUCUGAUCUUGAUGCCGGAAACGUAACGCAUUCAAAGGCUCUUGCCGAUCAUGGGCGAAUUCAAUUGCAUUGUAGCCAUCUUUCUUGUCUCAAAUGCGCCAUCGGGGAUGGAUGCAACAUAGCAGGAUAUUUUGCAUGGUCAUUGAUGGACAACUACGAGUUUGGAAAUGGUUACACUCUCCGGUUUGGUAUGAAUUGGGUCAACUUCACUAAUCCUGCUGAUCGACAAGAAAAAGAUUCUGCAAAGUGGUUCGCUAGGUUCAACGAUAUUAAGCGGAAGCUACCACAUAUGUAAAUAAAUUCCAUGUAUCUAACCUUGAAUGUAAAUUUGUAAAUUUUGAUCUCUAGACAAAGUCUGUAAAGUUCUCUCUAGACAAAGUCUGAGAAACUGCCAUUUGAGGUUGU